AUGGUGGCAGUUCAGCAUGGGGGAGCUCGCCGUAGCGUGGCCUUGGUUGUGGGAGGAGGGCUUAGCCUGAGCGCGUUUACCUUCACCUGGCUUGGGCGGCGGAGCAGGCGACAGCCCCGACCUAUUCAGAGGCAUGCGGCACGGAGCAUUGCCUCCAGGAAGACUGGAUGCAAAAAGGCCGCAGAGGGACAGGAGAGGCAACAACAGCCUUCCUGCCUGACAUGUCUCGAGCGAAGGAAGCGGCCCAGUUUGGAGCUUCACUUCCUUUACGCCUCUCCAAUCUUGCGACCUGGCUCUGCAGAGCGCCUUCCCGCUCUCAGCUGGCAGGAAGAAGCAGCAGCAGUGCAAGACGCUUUGGGCCUUGAUGCAGAGGCAGAUGCAGGUUCCGCCAUCGAAAAUGACACGUCUCCUUCCUCGGCCUCGACAUACCCUGUGAGCACAGCGCGAAUGCAUGUGAAUGUGGCCACGGUGGAAGUCCUUUCGCGUCUUGCUGCCGGGCCCACGAGCUGUGCUCCUCCAGCCUUUGCAAGCAUGGCGAAACAAGCCUCGAAUCGAAUCGUCAAGAUCAAAGCGCUCUUGGGGUUCAUGUGUGUGCCGUACUUGGUAGCUGCCAUCGCAGUUGCCUGGCAGGCGGUAACAGUCCCGGCACUCGGCGAGCUGCAGGAAGUUGACAUGCGAGGGAAGACAAUCCUCAUCACUGGAGCCACCUCCGGUUUGGGACUCUGGCAAGCAGAGGUGCUUGCGCGUUGGAACGCAUCCUUAAUAUUGCCAGUGCGCGACCUGAAAAAGGGUCAGGCGCUCUUGGAAAGGUUUACACAGGAAUUUCCGGCAUCGCCUGCGCCAGUCGUCAUGGUAAUGGAUCUCGGAUCUCUGCAGAGUGUGCGCGACUUUGCAGAGCAGUACACCGGACCGGUGGAUGUGCUGGUUCACAAUGCUGCUAUCCUGGGCACCGGCGAGCUCAUCCGAACAGAGGAUGGCUUCGAGGAGUGCCUGCAGGUCAACUACCUCUCGUCGUUUCUGCUCACACAUUUGCUGCUCCCACGGCUGGAGCAAAGUGCAGCCGGGCGGAUUGUGCACGUUUCUGCGAAGGCCCACGAGUGGGGCAACCUCAGCACUCAGGACUUGAGAUCACGCAAAGUUCUCGACUUGGACUUUCCGAAGAGGCGCUUGCGGAUGAUGGGAAACCUGGGUGGAUCCUAUGCGGACUCCAAGCUGGCCCAGGUUCUUUUCAGCAAUGCCUUGGCAAGGCGUCUACCUCCAAAUGUUGUGACGCACGCCUUGCAUCCAGCCAUUGUGCCGACGGGCUUGCUCCGACAAGCAGACUUUUCUGCGACUCAGCAGUUUCUGCACGACAACAUGAUGCAGCCUGUGAUGAGGAUGGUCGGCUUCACACAGUCCAAGGAGGAUGCUCCCAAAACGCAGAUUCAUGUAUCCACCCAUCCAGCCAUUCAGGACGUGACCGGGCGCUACUACUCGCCGCUGUCGCCUCCACUCAUUGACUGUGGGCAAAAGGCGGAGUAUUGCGGAAUUUCCAGCAUAUCAGAUGCCGCCGCCGAUCGGUUUUUACAGGAGGAUCUCUUCGAUGCCUCCUGUGAACUGCUGGACCUAAGCGACGGUCUUUGCGCGACAGUGCUGGAGAGCUGUCCUUCCUGGUGGCACAUUGCAGCUCACAGCGAGCCCGGGACGGGGCGACUCAUCCUGGAGGAUGAGGACGGUGCACCUCAAGUGGUUUCAAUGGCAGCGCAGCUUUUCACCUGCCAGACUCCACCUUUGGGCGUGUCAAUCUUGGCAUGUGCCGGGGAGCAGGCUGGGAGAGCGCUCCUUUCGGCCGGGGCCUCCUUCGCGGUGGUGUCAUCGGGGGAGUUACGUGACACGACUGCUCGUAUUUUCGCCUCGCAUUUUUACCGCCGCCUGCAAAGCGCAUGUGCUAUGUCAUCGGAGCCUUCUGGGAACCUGAAGCUAGGUGAGAGCUUUGCCUCCCAAGUGCGCUUGGCAUUUGGUGUCGCAAGAGAGGCUUUGCAGACUGCCACGAACCCUGCCGUCCGCGUGGAAGCAAGAAAGCUACUUUUGCUGGAGAGAGGCCUGGAAAAGGUUCCAAGCGCGACAUCGCGCAGGAGCCUGGCUGACUGCUGGAUGCCGGUGGCAAUGAGCAGCGAAAUCCUUCCAGGUGCCAGAGCCGCCAUGGCAAAGACUGGCAUGGAGGAUGAAGCGUCCACGUCCGCUGAAGACAAUGCCGGCGAGAUGAUUGCAGAGGAUAGCGCAUCCUCGUUAAGCACAUCUUCCAAAGAGACUUUCCCACAGGACUGCGAAGAUUUCGUCGGCCGCAGUGCGGACCUGCAGAGACUCUUGCAGAUUCUUGGAACUUCAGGAGGCCGACGGUUGGUCAUCUUGCAUGGGCCGAAUGGGGCUGGCAAGAGUGCUCUAGGUGCGGAACUUUGCCGUUUCGCCACAUCCCCCGGGAGAAAGUUCGCACCUGUGAAAGGCAACCGCAGGUUGGCGUUUGUGUCACUGCAAGAUCCAGGGCGAGGUUCGGAUGCAGACACGGCAGCAGCAUGCGCUCGCCUGUCCAUAUUUGCUGCGGCUGCAGGGCUGGGAAGCCCAAAGUCCUUCGAGGGACGGCUUGUGCGAACUUGUCUGGUGGUUGACGAUGCUGAGGAGCGUCUCGGCUGGCGAGACGAGUUUGUGCCAGAACUGCUGGACAAGCAUCCACAGCUAUGCAUACUCCUGCUGAGGCGAUCACCUUUGUACCGACUAGCAGGCGACGGAGGAGAGAGGUGGAAGCCAGUCAACAUCACACUUGGCCCGCUGCCAGAAAUGGAGGCAGCCCAACUUUUCCUUCAGAGGCUGCAUCGGCCAAUCUUCCCUACAGACCUUUCUCGGGACUCAGAGAAGGCUGGAGAGCCGCUAAGGCCAACCGAAGAGUUGUUGCGUCGAAUGACGGAACUUCCGGCAUUGGCAGCCUGCAAAGGCUUUCCACGGAAAGUCGUGCGAUUGGCCGCCGAGGUGACCUGGGAGCUUCCUUCGCUCUUUUUCGGCUCCCGGUCGUCCAUGUAUUGCUUUGUGGCCGCGUCUGGAGUGGCACAACGGCACAGCACUCCGUGCUACCACUCUUCCAAUCCCUCGUGUGUUGGCUGCAAUCCCACCUCGCCAUUGAGCCAGCGCAACCGCCGCACAUCUGGUGGGCAUCCACGGCAGCUCGUGGUGGCCACCAUCGCAUCUGCGUUAGGUCACCGCUUGGCGAGACAGGGGGCACCAAAACGUCGAAUGGCAACAUGCCGCCUGGAAUUGAUGGGUGUGUAUGACUAUCCCAGGCAUGCUGCCACGGUUCUGCGGAAGGUCAAAGGUGCUGGAGUAGUGUCUGGAUUUAACAUCCCCAACAAGAAACCGGGAGAGCCUCUGCUGGAAUGGGCUGGCACGCUCCUCCAGGAGUUUCCUGCGGUGGAGGUGACUGUGCAUUACAGUUUGAAACACCAACGCAGGGAGAACGUGGUGGAGGCUUUCCGGACUUGGUGCCACGACGCUGCGGCCGUGGGAGUUAGCAGAGUGCUGCUGGUCACCGGUCCUCGUGGUCCUCGGCAAGACACGGUAAAAGUGCUGAAGCAGUUUGGACGGCCAGUUGAAGGCAUCCGUUUGGGCGUCGCCUUCAAUGCAUGUUUGCCAACAGAUGCAGAACGAGAGCUGGAACGACAGCGCUUGAUUCAGAAACUGCGCACUGGAUUAGUGAAUGAUGUAUGGCUGAACACUGGUGUGGACGAAGACUUGCUGCGAAAUGGUGUGGCAUUUGUCAAGAGCACAUGCGACAAGCUCAAUGUCAAGCCUGAAAUAUUUGGAUCGGCGAUGCUCCCCAGCGAGGGGCAGCUGCAGCAGAUGCGGGAACGCCCGUGGAACGGUGUCCAGUUUAGCGAGGAGUUCCUAAGUUCUGUCGAAGGGAUGGGCACAGCGACGAGCAGAGCCCUGGCCGUCUUCCGGGAGAUGGGAGUCGAGCCCAUCCUCGAGAGCAAGGUGAAGAGCGACGCAGAUAUCUCAAAGCUGAGUGCUCUCCUCAAGGACGAUCUGGAAGAGCUCAGGGAGCUCUUGGGAGCUGAGGGAAGUGCCGCAAAAGGCCCUGCUGUUAGCCAGUUUGGAUCGACCAAAGCUGCCAAAGCUUUCGACACGCAAAGACCAGGUGCCGACGAGGUGUUUCGUCCUCCGAGGCGGCGCUGGGGGAAAGACCAAAGACAGAACGCGUAG